UGGCACUCAAACCUGCUUUCUGUCUCAUUCCCAUUUCUCCCUGCCUCUCCCCCCUCUCUCACUCUCUCUCUCUCUCUCCGCAGUUUGUUUUUCUGCAUGUGUUUUUUGAUCGGAGGCUGUGUCUACAUGAGAAGUGGGAUGGUGCAGUUGGAAUGUUGCCCAAAGGCAAGGGAAGCAUGCUGCUUUCACGCUCCAAUCUGUGAGACAGCAUGACAGCGUGGCUGAGGGCAAAGAAAACUGUGUCUUCAAAGCAACCUCUCGGUCAACUUGAGGAGCACUGCGCUCUCUGAGUCAGCUGUAUAAGCUACUAUGACAAAAACAAAUGGUUCUUUUGAAAGGCAUAAGUGGGGAACAUACUGGUCUGGUCAGACUAGAAGGUGAAGGACCUGUUGAUGAGCAGAAACAAGCACUCUGGAGUAAACGUCCAUUGUCUUGAAAUUAGAGGAGAACAUCUCAAACCAUCUUGAAGGAGAAGCACUGUGGAGUGAAAGUCCAUCUGCUCCAAGUUAGAGGAGAACAUCUCUGGGAGGUGGAAUUUAAAUCAGAACAUCCAACACCAUAGUUCUCUCAGAAAUAAGCACUGUUGAGUGGAAGUUCAUCUGCUCUAACUUCGUGGAGAACAUCUCUGGAAGCUGGAAGGAAAACCUGAUAUUUCAACACUGCAGUUCAUUUCGGCCACUCUCUGGAAAUAUGAGAAGAGAUAGGUUACUGGUAUCCGUCACUUUGAUCACUCUCUUAGCGGCUGACAUCCAUUUUGUUCUUCUUCCCAGACUGAAAUCCUGGUAUCACCUUCCCAGAGAAAGCUGUGCAUGCAGGGAUGCCAAUGGCACCAUGGGGAAUGGAGGAACCUCAACUGAACUGUGGAUUUUGAUCCAGAAUUCCACCCUGGUUUCCACAGAGUAUGGCUCCAAGCUGGAUCGAUUGUUCAGACACCCGCUGUACAACAUCCAUCUUCCAGAGCUGGGGCCUGAUGAGCUGCUCCUGCAGCACGAGGAGCUUAUGAGUUACUACAAGAGGAAAGUGAGCCGCUGGGAGAUACUGAAAAAGUACUACAUCGAGGUGGCUGCGGCUUCAAACAUCACUAUACUUGAUCACCCUGUGAUCUUUGACCCUGAGGCCAGUUGGCUGCAAUUUCAUCUAGGGAUCAACCGCUAUGCGCUGUACUCAAGAGAGGACAACAGCAUAGACAGACUGCUGCAGGAUUUGAAGACGGCCACUGUCAUAAGUGCAGAUUACACUCAGGAUGAGAAAGCAUUAAAGGGUUCAUGUGACUGCUCUCAAGUGGUUAAGCCAAGUGGUCUUCAUCUGAAGUUGGCACUGAAGCUCCAAGACUUUGGCAAAGCUAUGUUCAAGCCAAUGAGACAGGAGCGGCACGAAGAGACCCCAGAGAACUUCUUCUAUUUUGUCGACUUUCAGAGACACAAUGCUGAGAUUGCGGCUUUCCAUCUUGACAGAAUUCUGGACUUUAGGAGAGUUCCUCCUGUGUCGGGGAGAUUCGUCAAUGUGACCGGUGAAAUCUUGUACAUAACUCACAAUGAGGACCUGCGUAAUGUUUUCUUCACCUCUCCAGCCAACAACACGUGUUUCUUCGCUAAGUGUUUAUAUGUGUGCAAGUCGGAGUAUGCAGUGUGUGGUCACCCUGAUCUUCUAGAGGGAUCCAUGUCUGCCUAUUUACCAGGCCUGAGCAUUGCCCCCCGUAUCUCCAUCCCUAACCCCUGGAUACGAUCCUACAGUUUCACCGGGAGAGAGGAGUGGGAGGUCAAUCCAUUCUAUUGUGACACAAUCAAAAAACGUUAUCCCUACAACUCUGGAAACAGACUGCUCAACAUUAUUGACAUGGCAAUAUUUGACUUUCUCACAGGAAACAUGGACAGGCACCACUAUGAAAUUUUCACCAAGUUUGGGGAUGAUGGUUUCCUGCUACAUUUGGACAACGCCAGAGGAUUUGGACGACAUUCCCAUGAUGAGAUGUCCAUUCUAGCACCCUUGACCCAAUGUUGCAUGAUCAAGCGCUCUACGUUAUUGAGACUGGAGCUUUUGGCAAGAUCUGAGUACCGCCUGAGUGAUGUAAUGAGGGAGUCCCUCUCCCGAGACACUCUCACGCAAGUUUUGACUGAGGCCCACCUGCAGGCCCUGGACCGCCGGUUGGAACAGGUGCUUAGGACAGUAAAAAAGUGUGUGAAGAAUCUGGGAGAAGCUCAGGUGGUGGCCACAGACUUUGUGGAAUCCACAAGAGGAACUACUAGCCACCCAGGAGGAAAUAACAGGUGACAGAGCGAGAAGGACAUUUCAGAGCGAGGAAUCGAGGUGAUAACUGGAAUUGACUGUGUCCAUGAUUGUUUAUAAAGGUGCUGUAAGCAAAUCUAGUUAGUUUUACCAACUUCCACCACACUUAAGGUGCAUCAGAGACUGUAUGGAAUGAGAUGGCUCACUUGUACAGUUAUCAAUGGGAGAAAUCGCCACGCUUAAUAUAGUGGCUCUAGGAGUGUAAGUUAAAAGAGCCAAUCACCUUUUUAAUAGAGUCAUCAUCAGUUUUCAUCGAGAAAGUGUAUGCACAUUAAAUGGACCAGCCUGAAAAAAAAAUCUGUGAUUUGAGCUAAAGAAACAUAAUUUAUGAUACGAUUGCUGUCAGAUUUUGUUUUGCAGAUUUUAAAUAUUUUAAUUUAUUGUAAUCUUGACCAACAAUUUUGGAGAUUUCCAUCUUUCCCCAUUCAGUAGAUAGGAGCUGUACUUGUAUCCAUAGAAAAUAGUGUACCCAGGCUGCCCGAAGAAUGAGUUUAGGGGGUUAGACUGUGAAUUGAGGGGCCGAUCAUAGUCAAACAGACUGCAGUCAGUUAGAAAAGCUGCUAGUCGAUUUAAAAACCUUAGCCAGACAGAUGAUGCAGCAUUGGUAGGAGACUGAUACAAUCUUAAGAUCACCUUACAUCAGCAAGCACACCAUUAAUGUGGUAUUUUAACUGCAGAGUGAAAACAGUUUCCUCUGAUUAUCUGUUCCUUUUUUUGUACAUCUUUGUACAAACAACUAUUAGCGGUGGCUGAGCCUUCAUGAUGAUGUACCACACAAAUAGGACACGUGGACACAGAGAGCUUGAGAAAGAAAGAGAUACAAUGUGGCAGGUUAAGUCUGAUUUCAUUACAGGAACAAAAUACAUGCUAUGGCUCAUUUUCCAGACAGCUCGCAAGUGUAUAAUUCUUGGCUGUCUCAUCUGGGCAUACUUUACAGGCUGUCAAGUGGAAUCUUAGACAAUACACAAAACCAAACCAUUUGAAGCGUCUAAACGCAAUGUUAAGCUUUGUUGCAACUUGUAGUUCACCACACUUUUGCAAUAUUGUGUUGUAGGCUGGAACAAGCUUCAACACAUAUGCUAUCUGUCUCAGCAAGCAAAAAUAGCUUAAAAGAAAAUGCAGAUCAAAUGCUUAAAAUAUUCCAUUCUGUUAAGUCAAGUGAAACAGAAGCCUGGCUUUAUUUAGACCUCACACUGAAUUUGGGAUUGAUGGACAAACAAUCCAAAAAAUCUGUAAAACAAAUCCUGGUUGUAGCUUUUUAGGACUAUUUGACACAUAAUUCUCACAUUGCCUUAUUUAAAAUGCCAGAAUAUUUGCAUAUUCUCUAAUUCAGUACGGUUCAUGAUUGCCAAUAUACAAAAGGCCCCAUAUACAAAUACUGUUUAACGAGUAAAAUGCUAAAUUAUCUUUCAAUGAAUGGAAGGCAAUGGAGUAUAACAAUAAAAAAUUAGAGGUAACAUUUCUUGAUUCCUAAUUUUAUUCAAUUCCGAUUCACAAGUGCUCGAUUCGAUUCAGAUAAGAUAUUUGAAUCUGAUUCAUUUGGGUAUUGUAUAGUUAUAAUGUCCCUUUUGCUUACAUACUGUAUGAAAGAAAAUAUUCAUUUUAAGAAUUAACAACAGGGCCUAAACUAUGCAGUUAAAUCGCUAUUUAACCGAUAUAAUAAUCAACACAACCAAAAAUUAUGUCAACUUUAAAAGUAGGGCUGUCAAUUGAUUACAUUUUUUAUUUAAUUAAUUGCAUGAUGUGCCGAUUAAUUAAUCGCAAUUAAUUGCAUUUCAAUAUUUAGGCCACCAAAUAAAGGUAAUUUAGAAUAUAAUAAUUAAAAUAAUUCUAAAUAUAUAAUAAAUAUUAUAAUUCAGACAAUUCAAAUACAUUACAUCAUAUAUAUGUAUUGUGACAACAGACAAGUAUUUAGACCAUACAAAAAGUGUCUUUAAAAGUCAAAAUAUUGUUUGUUUUUAUUUUUCAUAUAAUUGAAUAUAACCCUAUUAUUGGCCUACUUUCCUCUGCUUUAUUUUUAAUUGGUGGUCGGUGUACUCAUGCAUCAGAUGGACGCAUUUGGAGCGUCUCACUUUGGUUGCGUCGCGUUUCACUGGUUUUCAGGUCCUCUAGUCUAGUAAGCGCUGUGUUGUUAGGAUAAGGUGCCAAGGUUAAAUGUAGUUAGAAAUAUUGAAAAAUCCAGCUUGAAUUGCUCCGAUAAUAGGUACAUUACUUAUAACUGAAUUUACGUACAGGUCGGGGCAUGAUUAAUUGCAUAAAUUUUAUUUAUGUGUUAAUUUUCAUAUAAUUAAUCGCACAAAAUGAAUGCAUUAAAUCGACAGCCCUGCUUUAAAGUAAAAGUAAAAGAUCUUGGGAUUUUAAGAAUCAAAAUCAGGAUAGUUCAAAUGAAGAUUGCGAUUAAUCUGAAAAUCUGAUCUAAUAUUUUACCCUACUAAUAAUAUGCAAUGCAAAAUUAGUUGUGUAUGACUUUCUUUCAUCAGCUGAACACAAAUGAAGAUUUUUAGAAGAAUAUUUCAGCUCUAUAGGUCCAUACAAUGCAAGUGAAUGGUGACCAAUAUUUUGAAGCUCCAAAAAGCACAUAAGUCAUCAUAAAAGUAAUCCAUAUGACUCCAAUCAAUGUCUUCAGAAGCGACCUUCAGUCAAUCUCCACUGUAAACUUUCACUUUCAAUAAACGGAUCAAACACAUUUUAAUUUAAAUUGUGGAUCAAAGAGACAAAUUGUCGGCUCACUGUUCAUUAUGCAUAAACUAACGCUAACAAUAAAAUCAAAGUCACAUAACAAUUUAAAUUUGCAAUUGUCAUUUAUCAUAAUAUUUUGAGAAUAAAGUAAAAAUUAUGAGAAUAAAGUCGAAAAAUUAUGAGAUUAAAAUUUUGAGAAUAAAUCGAAAUGAAAGUAACAUCAAAGUGAUGUGGUCGACAAAAGCAAAGUGGACACCACUAACCAGGGAGACAACUUGGCUAUGCAACCGAGCUGAAUUUGUGGGAAGUUUUUGUGAGGUCUCUGUUCAUGAAUGAGGUGUGCUUUAGUACAGGAGUUUUCGACAUGUGGGCGCCUGUUAAGGGAGGCACGAGAUAUAUGCUCAUACUCAAGUGAAGCUAAAAAUUAUUGGAACUGCUGAAUUAUAUACAGUAGGUCCAUUUCAAGACAUUGUAUGUGGUAACAUCUCCUCAGUUACAGUAUUGUUUAGAGAGGAAAACCCAACAAAAAUCAGACCAAGCAUCACCAACGCCAAGCGAGACUGUGCAGAUGUCUGUCUGGUUCUUUCUCAUGAAUAAAUUACAUUUCCUACAUAACUGCUGCAGUGUCCGGAAACUAAUAAUAACUCUGUGCUGAUGCUCCAAAAGACCAAGGAAUUCUUUAUUGCUAAAUCCUUUUCUAAAUAUGAUUACAUCCUCCAAAUCCAUCUCUGGCAUUAAUGAAGCUGUUGGCUCGGUGUCCGUUCUAUGGUUGUGAUAAUGACGUUCUGUUUGGCCUUAUAUUGAGGUUUUUUUUCUUUAAAUAUUUAUUGUUUAUUCUCACAAUGCUACGACUUUAUUCUAAUAAUUUUGACUUUAAUCUCAUAUGAAUUUAAUCUCAUAAUGCUACAACUUUAUUCUCGUAAUUUUUACUUCAUUUGCAAAAUAUUACGACUAAUCUCGAAAUCGUAAUUUUUUAUUUUAUUUAACGUGGUAAUAAAAUGCCAUUGUGGGAUCCCCGGGUAAAGUUAAAAAUAACUGAAAUUUUUAUAAACGCAUCUCAAAACACCUGCGUUGGGUUUCAUGACUGUUACACCAUUAAACAUGAUUCCAGGUUGUUUUUAACAAAGCAAAGUUUCAACUAAACGGUAAGACAGUGAACCAGUUUUUGGAUCAUUUUUGUUUGACUUAAAUGCGAGAUUUUUCAUUUUAAGACCUAUGUAUUGUGCUAUUUAGGCUCAUAGCUCACUGAUAUUCUGAGUUGUGUUUGAGGAAAUUCAGUUGCAAUAAUCAUUCUUUAUUCCCACAUACUGACUCCCGACAAAAACCAGGAUAACUGUUCGUGAAACUUUGUUGUUAACCGAACAACUUCGUUGUUAACCGUUUAGCACAUCCCUACUAAAAUUUUCAACGGAUAAUGAUAAAGCCAGAUAUUUGGUCAGCUCACGUGUAACUUAACCAGUUAGCAACUGUUAGCUCGUUAACAUGGCUACCUGGCUACUGGCAUAAGAAUCAUACAAAUCUUAUCUUCAUUCUGAUCGACUAAUGCUAAAUAAAGUCUGGUUGGUUCGCCGUUCAGUGAACUUGCUUCUAAUUUGAUUAUGGAUGGUAAUUCUUAAACGCACUAGCUGAUUUUAGGCAGAGUCCAUCUUAGGGAGCGAGAAGGGAUGCUCCGAACAAGGACUGGCACAUGCAUUAAAAUCUACUUGGUGUGUGGCUUGUGAACAAAUGAAGAUUAGAAAUGAGGCUUAUAGAUUAUAUAUUAAAAAUAAAGCUUACAUAAUAAAACCUCAGUGCCUCUGAUACAGAAAAGCUGCACCCCUGUGAGAGAAAAUAGAAUGCUCCCGCUCAAGGCGUUCAUAACGUGUCUGAUGAACUUGAGCACGAACAGUCAUAAAAGUAAAAUUGCGAACUGUCAGUUAAUGCGGGUGGGGCUCACUGAUCGGAAUUCAAUUACAUUUGAAGCCAGAAUUACAGCCUGCCCUGUUGCUUUUGUACCCUAAUGUAAUGAAAAUUAAGCCUUUUUUCUCAUCACAAAAAAACAUUCAGGGCUAUUGACAAAAGAUCCAGGGCUUCAGUCCUAUCAACCAGGGUCUAGCUACGCCGCUGCCUGGAUGCCCCACUGCAUCUGCCAAAAUUGACAGUACACAACUGCAUGCCACCAUGCAAUUCACUCGACUUUGACAUUCCAUUUCCAGUAUGACGAAUAAACCUAAAAUAACCAUGAUGUCAUGAUUUUUAACAUUUUUUUUUAUUAGAUUGCAUUUAAAAAUGUUUUGCACCAAUGUAAUUAAAAAUGCUAAAAUAACUUUUUCCAAAACGUUAACUGGAUGCCACAAGCAACAGGAUGAGUUCAUGUAACCUCAUGUGCAGCAGCAGCAGACUUCCAUUUGAAAUCUGGUUUCACUUACUAUUUUUUAAAUAGUAUUAGACAGUACAUAAUGUAUAUUCUGCAGUAUGCAGUAAUUAGCAAGCUAGUAUUCUAUUCUGCACAUGGCCCCAGAUUUUUCUCUCUUGGUUGAACACUGCCCCCUUGUGACUCAUUUACAGUGGAUGGUGACUCAGAUCUACGGUACAUCUAACUACAAACAUAUAGACAUGUAAACAAUUUUUUAUAUAUAAAGACAAAUAAAGAGCAUGUUUCUGGUAAUAAAGUAUUCCACUUCAGUUGAUGGUUCAACAAUACAACCUUUUUAUUGCUUAAACUGCCAUUUGGAUGAUCUAUACCAAAAGGAUUAUUUUUCGCAGAACUCACUGGAAAUCGAACUACACAUAUGGGUAACAUUGAAAAAUAAAAAAAUAAAUAAUAAUAAAAACAACAACACAUCAGUGGUCCGCAAUAUGUAAGCAGCUCACAAGACUGCAGGUCGCAGAACUAGCAGAUACAUUUGGGUUAGAAGGAACAUCCAACCCUUGAUAACAGAAGCUAAAGCAAGCUCUAUUCAUCUGUUUAAUACACAGUCAUUCAUCAGUCUGUCCAUUCACACAGAUAUAAAAUACAACAAGCAUCACUGCAUGAAGACGGGUGUUUGUGAAUGUCUGGGCCUAUUGUUUAAGAGGAAAUCAACAUGAUCAAAUUGAGAAAUGGUAAUGAAGAGGUGAAGAGCAGCAAGAGAGUUAAAAA